AUGCCAACGCCACGCCCGCCGUGGUUCGAGCCGUGCGCUAGUCCGAAAGUGGCCUGCCAAGCCCGGCUAGCCGUUCUGGGAAAUCAACAACAACGCGCUGCAGUCGCGUUCGGAGAGAGAAGGAGCAAGGCUCCAUCCCGCACCCUACACCGUCUCCCAUCUGAAAACCUGCGCAGACAGGCGCUGCGGCUGGCGUUCAAAACUCCUGCGUGGUUAGGGCUCCACUCCCCCUUCGCCCGCCGCACGCCGCGCACCGUAGCGCUCCGGUCUGCUGCCUCUUUCUGUGGCUUUCUUUUUCUUCUGCCCUCGAAAACACCAUCCAUCGAUCGCAUAACCUCCGCGACCUUCGAGUCAGACCCAUCAAUCCCAUCUGAAGUUUCUCUAUACUCCCACCUCGAGCGUCGCGCGUAA